GGUCGGUGCUCAUAUCAGCAAGGGAACUAUUGAGGAAUAAUGCCUUCAGUCCCCUCCAACAAAGAGAAUGACACCUCUCCCUGCCCUAUUUUGGGCAAAAACCUCAGUGGCACGAAUAAUGUAGAUAAGAAGUUGGGUGCGGAUGAUGGAGACAGACCCCCACAGCUGAAUAAAGAAAUUGCCACUGCUGACCCUAAAUGGAUUCGUCCUGACCUGCCAAGCAGAUGUACAUGGAAACCAGGAAUGUCUCAUGAAAAUUCCCCUCACACAUACUUUCCCAGGACAAAAGCUGAGUGCAUUCUACCCAACAUAUUGGGCAAGAUUGGAGACACACCGCUGGUCCACAUAAACAAGAUCUCUAAGAUAUUUGGAUUAAAGUGUGAACUUUUGGCAAAGUGUGAGUUCUUUAAUGCUGGUGGUAGUGUGAAGGACCGUAUUAGUCUGCGUAUGGUGGAGGAUGCAGAAAGGGAAGGCAUUCUCAAUCCUGGAGACACCAUUAUAGAGCCCACCUCUGGAAAUACAGGUAUUGGUCUUGCACUGGCUGCAGCGGUAAAGGGUUAUCGCUGUAUAAUUGUUAUGCCUGAGAAAAUGAGCAUGGAAAAGGUUGAUGUGUUGAGAGCUUUGGGAGCAGAGAUUGUCCGAACACCCACCAGUGCUCGGUUUGACUCCCCAGAGUCACAUGUGGGAGUGGCUUGGCGCUUGAAAAAUGAGAUCCCUAACUCUCAUAUUCUGGACCAAUAUCGCAAUCCCAGCAACCCCCUGGCUCAUUAUGACACCACUGCAGAGGAAAUUCUGGAGCAAUGUGAUGGGAAAGUGGAUAUGCUGGUGGCAGGAGCUGGCACAGGUGGCACCAUUACUGGCAUCGCUCGGAAAUUGAAGGAAAAGUGCCCAAAUAUUAAGAUUGUCGCUGUGGACCCAGAGGGCUCAAUCCUUGCUGAGCCUGAUGAACUGAACCGAACAGAUAAAAACCAGUAUGAGGUGGAGGGCAUUGGAUAUGACUUCAUACCCACUGUUCUCGAUAGAUCUUUGGUUGACAAAUGGUACAAAUCCAAGGAUGAGGAAUCAUUUGCCAUGGCCCGAAUGCUUAUAAGAGAUGAAGGGCUAUUAUGUGGUGGUAGUUCAGGCACUGCCAUGGCAGCUGCAGUAAAAUUUGCCAAAGAGCUGAAGGAAGGACAGCGGUGUGUUGUGAUUUUGCCAGACUCAAUUCGCAACUACAUGUCUAAGUUCUUGAGUGAUAAGUGGAUGUUCCAGAAGGGCUUUCUAAGGGUGGAAGACAUCAUGGUGAAUAAACCCUGGUGGUGGAAUCUCAAACUACAAAGUUUAAACCUCUCUGCUCCACUUACUGUGCUGCCUACAGUCACAUGCCAAAAAACUAUUAAAAUCUUGAAAGAUAAGGGCUUUGACCAGGCACCUGUCGUAAAUGAAGCUGGGUUGAUUCUGGGUAUGGUGACUCUGGGAAACAUGCUUGCUUCUGUUCUAGCAGGAAAAGUCAAGCCUUCUGACCCCGUCAGCAAAGUGCUCUAUAAACAGUUUAAGCAGAUUCGUCUGACUGACAAUAUGGGAAAGUUGUCUCGGAUCUUGGAAACUGAUCACUUUGCCCUGGUGGUUCAUGAGCAAAUUCAAUAUCUUACAGAUGGCUCCUCAUCUCAAAAGCAAAUGGUGUUUGGAGUGGUGACUGCCAUUGAUCUUCUCAACUUUGUGACUGCUCGAGAGAAAAGAGAGAGAACUAUGUCAGAAACAGCCGAUGAAUACUGAAUGCUUUACAUCCUGCUUCAGUCUGAAUGUGAUGCACUACCAAGAUUCAACAAUGGAGAAAUAGAUGUCAUAAAUUAGUUACAUUUAAAUUUCAGCAUUAGGUCUGGUCUGCUUUUUACAACUUUAUUUCUUGCUUAUUUCUUUUCAUCUUAAAUUCAAAAGAAUACAAAACAUAUGUAAACAAAUCUAAAGUUACCUUGGAAAGCAUCAGAACACUUCACUCUCACUUUAAUUCAGCUCAGUCACAUAGGGUCACAUUAGGCACAUUCAAAUCAAGACUUGAAACACAUCUGUUUAGCUGCCUUUCCUGAAUGAGCACUGUGCUACGUCCGACAGUUUGCACUAUGAUGUCUUUUAUCACCUGUUUUAACACAUUGUAAUCAGUUUGGAUCAUUUUUAAUUCUUUUAAUCAUUUUUAUUUUAUAUUUUAUUUUAUUCAUGUUUAUGUAAAGCACUUUGAAAUUCCAUUGUGUAUAGCAUUUGUUAUAUAAAUAAACUUGCCUUGCCUUGCCUAAUCCCUGAUUUAGCAAGGGUUGCCCAGUGAACUAACCACCAAUUACUCUGGCAUGUGGUUUAUUAUUAAGAUUUCCUUCUAGCCCAAGCAUCAAAACAGUUUAAAAUAAUUUUAGAUAAUUUUACUGUCCCAAGUUUUUGCAUAUUUGUUUUACUCAUAACUGGCAUUACUGUGCUUAAGUUUUCCUGCAUAAUUCUGAUAUAGUGCUGACAUCAAAAAUCACCGGUUGCACAACUUGCAUUUAUUAACAAAGAAGAAGAAGACAAAUUUGACCUGUUUUUAUUUGACUUGUUUAAUGUGAUUUUAAAGAGUCACUACAUGACUUCUGCAAACAAUCAAUCAAUUAACAGCACCCUGGAUAAAGCAUCACAUUGUAAAGUGUCCAAUGAGGUCAAUUUAAUUAAUCUUUAUUAUUAAUCAACUGGCAUGUUUUAUUUAUUUGUCAUAUCCAAUUAUUGUUUGCAUUUGCUGCUAUAAUUUUGGAUGCUGUUUUUUAAACAACUACCUUUGCACCAAAUUCUUUAAAGUAGUGCUUGUGUACAAUAACAAAUAAAAAAUUGUUUAGU